AGCUAAGACGAUGAUUCAGACAAGUGAGCCAAAUUGAACAGGAAAAGAAAACAGAACCAACCAACAAACCACAGUGUCACAGAAACAUUAACCUCUUUCUCUCUCUUUCCGUGAGUGUGUGUCACUGUUGUUGUUACGACACAUAUACAAUAGUGUCCAAUGUAGGAAGAGGAACAAGGAAGGAACCACCAAUCUCCAUGGCCAUCACCACCCAAUGGAACAAAGCAUCCAUCUUUCUCCUUCUUCUCUCUGUCGCACUCUUCCAAACCCUAACCCCCAAUUCCUCUCCACCACCUCCCAACUACAUUGUCGGAUUCCUCCACUACCACACCGCCGACCACCACCGCGCCUACCUCGAAUCCACCCUCGGCAGCACCGGUUGGCGGUGGAUCCCGCGGCAGAACCCGGCGGCAAAGUACCCCACCGAUUUUGGGUUGGUCUCGAUCCACGAUUUGGGGCUGGUGGAGGAGAUUCGGAAACUAGGGUUGGUGAAGUACGUGAACUUGGAUAUGAGCUACAAGAGGGGUUUGAUGAAUCAUCAGAGAGACAAAGUUGGUGCCUUUCACAAUGGGAAGAAGCGCCCUGGGAAGAUCUUCACAACGAUGUCGUUUUGUGAAGCUGAAGGAGAAGAAAAAGAAGAAAAUUCUGGCAAUCGCAGCAGUUCCAUCAAGUGGGGGCGGAAGUUGUUGAUGCAGAGAUCGCAAGUUACUUCGAUGUUUGGGGCCGAGGAUCUUUGGGCGAAAGGGUACACUGGUGCUAAGGUUAAGAUGGCCAUAUUUGAUACUGGCAUUCGAGCUGAUCAUCCUCAUUUCCGUAACAUUAAGGAGCGAACAAAUUGGACCAAUGAGGAUACAUUGAAUGAUAAUCUUGGACAUGGGACUUUUGUUGCGGGUGUUAUUGCUGGUGCAGAUGCUGAAUGCCUUGGUUUUGCACCUGAUACCGAGAUUUAUGCCUUUCGCGUGUUCACUGAUGCACAGCCUAUGGCAGGUGUCAUAUACAUCAUGGUUCCUUGAUGCCUUCAACUAUGCAAUUGCAACCAAUAUGGAUGUGCUAAAUUUGAGCAUAGGUGGACCUGAUUAUUUGGAUCUCCCAUUUGUUGAAAAGAUAUGGGAGAUAACAGCAAAUAACAUAAUCAUGGUUUCUGCAAUUGGAAAUGAUGGACCUCUGUAUGGAACUUUGAACAAUCCAGCAGAUCAAAGUGAUGUCAUUGGUGUUGGUGGUAUUGACUAUAGUGACCAUAUAGCCUCCUUUUCUUCACGUGGCAUGAGUACUUGGGAGCUUCCUCAUGGUUAUGGCCGUGUGAAGCCAGACAUAGUUGCAUAUGGGCGGGACAUAAUGGGAUCAAAGAUUAGUGCAGGUUGUAAAAGUUUAUCAGGCACUAGUGUUGCAAGUCCUGUAGUUGCUGGUGUUGUAUGUUUGCUUGUUAGUAUAAUUCCUGAACCUGAUCGAAAAAAGAUCUUGAACCCAGCAAGCAUGAAACAAGCAUUGGUCGAGGGUGCUGCAAAGCUUGCUGGGCCUAACAUGUAUGAGCAGGGUGCUGGCAGAGUUGAUCUGUUAGAAUCAUAUGAGAUUCUUAAGAGCUACAAACCUAGGGCAAGCAUCUUUCCCAGUGUUCUUGAUUAUACAGACUGUCCUUACACAUGGCCCUUUUGUCGUCAGCCCCUUUAUGCAGGUGCCAUGCCUGUCAUCUUCAACGCCACCAUUUUGAAUGGAAUGGGUGUUAUUGGCUAUGUUGAAAGUCCACCAACAUGGCAUCCUUCUGCAGAAGAAGGGAAUCUUCUAAGCAUACAUUUUACUUAUUCUGAAGUCAUCUGGCCUUGGACUGGUUAUUUGGCCCUACACAUGCAAAUCAAGGAAGAAGGUGCACAGUUUUCUGGAAAGAUUGAAGGUAAUGUGACUCUCAGGGUUUCCAGCCCUCCAGCACAAGGAGAGAAGGACCCUCGAAUUAGUCUGUGUGUGCUUCGAUUAAAGUUAAAUGUGGUGCCAACACCAUCUCGAUCAAAACGAGUUUUGUGGGACCAGUUUCACAGUAUCAAAUACCCACCGGGUUAUAUUCCCAGAGAUUCCUUGGAUGUUCGAAAUGACAUUCUUGACUGGCAUGGCGAUCAUCUACAUACAAAUUUUCACAUCAUGUUCAACAUGUUACGAGAUGCUGGUUACCAUGUUGAAACACUUGGUUCUCCUCUUACAUGCUUUGAUGCCCGACAGUAUGGAACACUUCUGUUGGUGGAUCUUGAGGAUGAGUACUUUGCUGAGGAGAUUGAAAAGCUUAGAGACGAUGUUAUAAAUACUGGAUUGGGAUUAGCUGUCUUUGCUGAGUGGUAUAAUGUUGAUACCAUGGUAAAGAUGAGAUUCUUUGACGACAAUACACGGAGCUGGUGGACCCCAGUCACUGGAGGUGCUAAUAUUCCUGCACUUAAUGAUCUUUUGGCUCCAUUCGGGAUUGCUUUUGGAGAUAGGAUUCUGAAUGGUGAUUUUUCACUUUUGGGUGAGCAGAAUCGAUAUGCUUCUGGAACAGAUAUAGUGAGGUUUCCAAGGGGUGGUUAUGUACAUAGCUUUCCUUUCUUGGAUAGUUCAGAAAGUGGAGCCACACAGAAUGUGCUACUUACUUCUGGCUCGACCAAGGCAGAUUCUCCAAUUCUUGGUCUCACAGUGAUGGGUGAAGGUCGCAUAGCGGUGUAUGGGGACUCCAAUUGUUUGGACAGCAGCCACAUGGUUACCAACUGUUUUGUGCUUCUGAGGAAAAUGCUAGAUUUUACUAGUGAGGAUGUUAGAGAUCCAGCACUUUUCUCUGAUUCAAAUAAACAAGAUUCUCCCCUAUAUGAAGAUGACAAACAGUUGCCAUCCCGCAGAACUGAUGUAAAUUUCUCUGCAUAUUCGGCUGUUACGGGGAAGGAAUUGAUCUGCCGGACUGACACACGGUUUGAAAUCUGGGGAACUAAGGGCUACAGUUUGCAAGUCAGAGGAAGAAACAGAAGAUUGCCCGGUUAUCCUGUCAUUGAUUUGGGAAGGGGUUUUAAUUCAACCUUUGAUGCUUCUAACAUUAGGCGUCCAAGGUUAACCACGAGAAAGAAGGAUGAUUUUCGAGGGAAUAGGUAUUUAGGCCUGUUCUAUGGGGAUGAGCCUGAUGCACCUAUGCUGGUUGGUGGUCACUGGCUUGUUCCUGCUGUUGUUGCAGCAACUGGUGUUUUGCUGUUGAGUUUUUGGCGCAUUCGCCAAAAGAGGCGUAGGCGAAGGAAAGGAUCAAGCUCUGGUAGAUUGGCCAAUAUAUAGUCUAGCAUUACAUUAAUGUAAUUGUAACACUAGCCUCCAAAGAGAUUACCCUGUAGCAUUAGCAGCAUAGUAACAUCAUUCAUGAGUUCUUCCAUCAACAUCGCUGUAGGAAAAUAGCCAAAUAAAUUACCUUUUUAUUCCAUAUAGAGUUGUAACAUUUUUGCUGUUUUGGAUGCUUUUCAAAUGCACAAAUUUUCUGAUAGUGAAAUAAUUUAUGUCAAAUGUUCAUGAUUAUUCGUUGAGCAAAGUGUAUGGCUAAUUACUACG